AUGCUAAUUCCAUCUGAACUUGUAUUAUCCAUCUUGUCUUAUUGUGAUGGUUCUACUUUGGCUACUUGUCAACAAGUAUGUCGACAUUGGCAAACUUUAAUAGAUCAUUAUGAUGCUUUAGUUUGGUCGCCUUGUUGUGAACGGGAUUUUCAAAAGGGUUUACGGCGCCGCUUCUGGUCUCUUGAUUUUCCAGAUCCUCAAAUGGUUGAUGCUGCCAUGUUAUCUUCUUAUGCAAAACCUUCUACUCUUUGGCAAUCUCUUUAUCGUAUUACAAAGCAUUGGUCACUUGGUCAAUGUACUACUUCUUUUUUAACGAAUUAUACUCUUCGACAACAGAAACGACGACCAUGUGUAGUUGUUGGUACUACUCAAGAAUACAACUUUUUUACUUCUCUUUCCGUUGCUCAAUCUGGUCAUAUUGUUCGCUCAAAUCCAAUGUAUAAAGGUACUACUGAAGGUCGACAAGCAAUGAUUGUCCAUGCUUCUUUCGACCAAGAUCCUACACUAUCUUCUUUUUAUCUUGAAGAUGACGCUUUACACGGUAUAGUUUGUCAUUAUUCUCACCCUGCUUCUCCUUGGAUUGUUACUGGUGGUUUAGACGGUACGGUUUCUCUUUGGAAUGAACCUGAACGUUGUGUAGCAAGAACUUGGCAAGGUCAUCGUGGUCGUGUAUUAUGUGUUAGUAUGAAUGAUCAAGUUGUAAUUAGUGGUGGCUCUGAUAGUAUGAUUCGUGUAUGGGAUUUAGAUGAUGCUGAACAACGGGGUUCUAUUGAUAUAUCAUCCUAUUUAUCAGAACGACAUGAUUGGUUCCAAGGUGUAGGUGAAAUUGCAUUGAAUGGCCAUUUGAUUGUAUGUGCACCCGAUACUUCUGGUCCUGUCCUUAUCUUCUCCUUAUUGACUGGUUCCUUGGUAUAUGAAUUGAAAACUGAACCUCAAGAUGUAGCUUUUACUCGUUUAUGUUUGACUCCUUUUUAUUUAUUGACCAAAGGUGAAAUCAAUCCAUCUAAUCGAAAUCAAGUCCCUAUUUAUCCAAAUACAUCAUCAUCGUCAACACCAACAGUAUCAUCAUCACCCUAUUCAAAUACUACCAACAGUGGAUCAUCAUCAUUAUCAUCGUUAUCAUCAUUAUCAUCAUCAACAAGUACAGCAAUAUCAACAUAUGCUUUAGCACCACCUCCAUCAUUGUCUCUAACUCCUUAUCAGCUAUCUCGAUACUAUAAUUUAUCCUCGAACAAUAUGACAACAUUUACUGCUGCAAGAUCAUGUAUAGAUGUAUGGGAUUUACAAACGGGAAAACUUGUUUAUCGUUUAGUACCACCUCUACCAGCCACUACAACAGCCUCUAUUACCGAUAUUAGAAUCAGCCCGAAUGCUGCUCAUGUAUUUGCUUGUGUAGAAAUCAGAGACAAUGGUUCAAGGCGGAAUGAAUUGUGUUAUUGGGACUUUUCAAAUCAUCAUACUGCUGCUCCUUCCAUCAUGGUACUGCCAUCGAUGACCUCUUCUUCCUUUGGAAAUGCUUGGGCUUGUUUUUAUUAACUAGAUUCAUUUAAUAUUCUUUUAUUUUAUUCUUAUCUCUUCGAUUAUUUUAUUUUCUGCAUCAAAUAUAUAAAUAAAAAAAAAGUUGUAUACCC